AUGUGCUGUGAGAAAGCCAACGAAGAAACCCCCUGGCUUUUUAUAACCACGGACCUCUUCUUCUCCUGGCCCAUGCUUUUCUUCCUUCCUCUUUCUCCUCCCCAUCUUCUGUUCUCACACAGACCACCACCACCCGCACCCACAACCACUUUACAACCACACACCAGCAUCUUGCAUCUCGCAUCCUGCUUUGCUCCUUUCUGCUUGAUUGCUCAGCGUUGCAUUCUUCUGUGCUACCUAUCACACCCCCAAAACCCCCCUAAAACCACCUACAACAAACUGACUCUCGACUGCCGCAAGGAGGCAAGCACCACAACAGUCACUCGGGUACAAGGAGAAGUCUCGGCAGCAGGCCCAGCAACUCAGCAACGCGGACGGGAAGAUACUCGAUUCGCCAGGGAAGAAGUCGACAUACGCAGUCGCACACCAGGACGACACACCGAACGUGGACGCGAAGACAUCCGCAUCUACGAAGAGCGUGACCGAGACCAUCGACACGGACACCCAGAAGUAGAACUCACUCGUGAAAAGUACCGCGGCCCCGCCGAAUACUCCGCGGACAUCAACAUCGACCGCCGCGAAACACGAGACCACAUUGAAGUCGCCGCUGAAUCCCAACUCGACAUCACAGAGCGCGACUACCGCCGCCGCACCAACCCAACCUACGACGUAGGCAUCGACGAAUACGAACGUCGCCGUCCCACCGCAGCCGCAGACGCCGACAUCAACGUCAGCGUUAGCAAAGAAGAAAUCAAAGUCACUGACGUUGACGUUGCCAACUCCAGCAACAAAAUGGGCUACUACGACGACGAAGGCCAAUACCACAGUUUCCGCCGCGGCGUCGAGCGCGCCGCCGACCGCAUCCUCCACCCCCUUUCCGGCGGGCACCACCACACAGACCGAGUCAUUGAGCGCGAUGAAGUCGUCAUCCACGACCGCGAAGCUGGGCCCGGCGGGCACACACGCGAACAAGUACGUUUCGUGGAACCUCGCUUCGGCGGCAAAGGUGUCCCGAUUCAAUGUCACUUCAUCCGCGUUGGGGACAUCUUGUUGUUGCAAGGCCGUCCAUCACAAGUCAUUCGUAUCAGUAUGAGCUCGCAGACAGGACAGUAUCGGUACCUGGGCGUCGACUUGUUCACGAGACAAUUACACGAAGAGUCAUCGUUCGUGAGUAACCCGGCGCCUAGUGUCGUUGUGCAGACCAUGUUGGGCCCCGUGUUCAAGCAGUAUCGUGUCCUUGACAUUCGUGACGAUGGGCUGAUUGUCGCGAUGACCGAGACCGGAGACGUCAAGCAGGGACUUUCUGUCGUUGAUCAGGGUGGGUUGUUCAAGCGGAUUGAUCGGGCUUUCUCGGAUGGCAGGGGUAGUGUGAGGGUGUUGGUGAUUAAUGAUGGUGGGCGGGAAUUGGUUGUGGAUAUGAAGAUCAUUCAUGGGUCGAGGUUGUAG